CGACAUUGAGUUGAAUUCCCGCAUACACCUUCUUUGCCUUGCUCUCCUCUCUUCGCGCUGGUCCUUCACCAUCUCCCUCGUCACCAUCUCCUCCUAUACACCUAUCCUCAGAUACCAGCCGUCAUGAUCAUUCGGCCCAGCGCCGCGAAAAGCGUGGCCCAAGCGGCCAGCAAAACAGCUUCAGCUUCACGACCUCUCGCCGCCACCAGCUCCUAUUCCCUACAAACCCGCACAUAUGCCACCGUCCAAGAGGGACAACCCCAACAGCGCCGAUAUGGCGGGCUCAAAGACCAAGACAGAAUAUUCACAAACCUCUACGGCCAUCAUGGCGCGGACCUCAAGUCGGCAAUGAAAUAUGGCGACUGGUACAAGACGAAGGAGAUUAUACUCAAAGGCCACGACUGGCUGAUCAACGAGAUCAAAGCCUCCGGUCUCCGAGGAAGAGGAGGCGCCGGCUUCCCGUCCGGACUCAAAUUUUCGUUCAUGAACUUCAAAGGCUGGGAAAACGACAAACGACCACGCUACCUCGUGGUCAACGCCGACGAAGGCGAACCCGGAACCUGCAAGGACCGCGAGAUCAUGCGAAAAGAUCCGCAGAAGCUCGUCGAGGGGUGCCUGGUCGUGGGCCGCGCCAUGAACGCCACAGCUGCGUACAUUUACAUCCGAGGCGAAUUCUACCACGAAGCCACCAUCCUGCAGCGCGCGAUCCAAGAAGCUUACAAGGAGGGUCUGAUUGGCAAAAACGCUUGUGGUUCUGGAUACGAUUUCGACGUCUACCUGCACCGCGGUAUGGGCGCAUACGUGUGCGGCGAAGAGACGUCGCUUAUUGAAUCGCUCGAAGGCAAAGCAGGCAAACCGCGCCUGAAGCCUCCCUUCCCGGCUGCGGUCGGCCUGUUCGGCUGCCCGUCGACCGUGACAAACGUCGAGACCGUGGCCGUUUGUCCGACCAUUGCCCGCCGUGGGGGCAAGUGGUUCGCUGGUUUUGGCCGUGAGCGCAACCAGGGCACCAAGUUGUUUUGUAUCUCGGGCCACGUCAACAACCCAUGUACGGUCGAGGAGGAGAUGUCGAUCCCGCUACGUGAAUUGAUCGAGAAGCACUGCGGUGGUGUCCGUGGAGGGUGGGACAAUCUUCAGGCUAUCAUCCCCGGUGGCUCAUCGACGCCAAUCCUGCCCAAGCACGUCUGUGACGAUCAGCUCAUGGACUUUGACGCGCUCAAAGACAGUCAAUCCGGUCUGGGCACGGCGGCGGUGAUUGUCAUGGACAAGUCGGCCGAUGUGGUCAGGAUGAUUGCACGGUUGAGCCAGUUCUACAAGCACGAGAGUUGCGGGCAGUGCACGCCGUGUCGGGAAGGUAGUGCAUGGACGGCAAAGAUGAUGGAAAGAUUCGAAAAGGGCCAAGCAAGAGCCAGGGAGAUCGACAUGAUUCAGGAAUUGACCAAGCAGGUCGAAGGCCAUAGUAUUUGUGCACUCGGUGAAGCAUUCGCAUGGCCUAUCCAGGGCUUGAUCAGACAUUUCCGACCACAACUCGAGGCCAAAGUCAAAGAUUAUGCCAAGCAGCACGGCGCCGAGCCGUUGGCUGGUGGAUGGGAGCCCGAUUCCGCGAAGAAGGGUAUUCUGGUUUCUCCCGGCAUGUAGAUUGGGCCGCUUGUGCUUGCGCUUGCGCAAUCGAAGCGACGAUUUGUUUGUUUGAAGAGGAUGACGAUGCUCGAUAGAAGGGUGGAUUGACUGUCCUGUCUGGAUCGUAUCCUCGUCAUCCGCAUCGUCCCAUCUUCAUCUUCAUCUUCAAAUCAACCGAUCAGGCAAUUCAUUCAUUCAUGCGGACUCAGCUGGACACGGUAUGGCGUGGGCCGAUCAAGUUCGAAAUCUUUAAAGAGGAAAGAAAGACAGUCUCAAGGAGAGCAGAAAGCCUCCAUCCAUCGCAGUUGUUGAAUGGUGCACUCCCCUCGUGGGAGGUGGGCUGUAACGCAAAUGCAGCCUGCAUUUGCAUAUAUGAAUCGUCUUCGUCUCCAUUGGGAUUGAGGGGAGUGAGGGUGUGAAAGACGGGAGAAAGAAAAUAUUCCUUGAUGUCUUGAUGUUUGUGCGAGGCAUGGCGUCCAUGGCCCUUUCUACGUUCUGCGCAACGCACUUCCUCCUGUUUGCUAUACGAGACAGAACUCAUCAAUGCAAGAACUUGUACAUAUCACGCAGCCUGCCCCGGCCUGCCACACGUUUCCGCUUGCAUUGAUUGCCUCCCUCCAUUGCUGCUGAACAACCUAAGACCCUAAGCAGGUCAAUUCUCACCGCAU